UCUUACGCAAUUUCUUACGCAUUAGUUGGCUAAACAUUUCCAAAAGAAAUUGAAACAAAGCCAAUCCGAGAUGGCAACGACUGCCAAAUUACUCCGCUCAUCUUGCUCUUACUACCACUGGUUCUACAACUACUCCCCACUACCCCUUCCUCUCCAUAGUCCGCAAACCAACUUAGUUUUACCUUAUACUUCUACUAGACUUGAUAAAGCACAGAGGUCUAAUCACAGUCGGUAUCUAAGGUCAGCGGUGAGGGCCACUAUGCUCCACCAAAACCCAAUUGUCUCCGAUCUUUGUGCUACUGGUUUGUCCGGCGCGAUUGCACUUUCGGUUCUUCGUCUCUGGAAAGAAACCGCAAUACGGGGCAUCUUCGACCAGAAACUGAAUAGGAAGCUUGUGCACAUAAGCAUUGGGCUGGUAUUCAUGCUUUGCUGGCCCUUAUUCAGUUCAGGGCAUCAGGGAGCAAUUUUAGCAGCUCUUACUCCAGGAGUCAACAUCUUUCGGAUGCUUCUUUUGGGAUUAGGGAUAUGGAAAGAUGAAGCUACAGUGAAAUCAAUGAGCAGAUUUGGAGACCACAGGGAACUUCUGAAGGGUCCACUGUACUAUGCUUUGACCAUUACCCUGGCCUGUGCAAUCUACUGGAGGACUUCCCCUAUUGCUAUUGCAGCAAUAUGCAACCUGUGUGCUGGAGAUGGAAUUGCAGACAUUGUCGGAAGACGGUUUGGUAGACAGAAAAUCCCUUACAACAGGGAUAAGUCUAUAGCAGGUAGCAUUGCAAUGGCACUGGCUGGAUUUAUAGCAUCUGUUAUGUUUAUGUAUUAUUUUGCCUCUUUUGGAUAUCUUCGGAAAAGUUAUGAAAUGAUCUUGGGCUUCCUAGUCGUUUCUCUUGCCUCAACUCUCGUAGAAUCACUGCCAAUAAGUACUGAGCUUGAUGACAAUCUCACAGUUACCGUAACUUCCAUAUUGCUAGGAACCCUUGUUUUCUGAUGUCAAGAACUCGUGUGAACUUCCUAGUGGGCAUAAUUGAGAUCACUUACUGUUGUCAGAUAAUGUAUUUUUAUUUGUUCUGUGUAAUGCAAAUAGUCAAAUGAAAUGUACCAAUUAUACCCAUUCAUGUUU